GCCGGGGCGGCGGCCACGGAGGGCGGGAGCAGAGGUGUGGGGAGGAGGAGGGGAAGGCGGUGGCGGGGCGUCACGGGAGCCCGCGCUGCCAUAAAAAGGCUGGGCGCGGCAGAGCGGCGCAUCUCUCUUGCCCUCAGCUACAGCAGCCCGAGCACCAUCACCAGCGCAACCCGCGGUGGGACAGCAGCGGACGGGCUAUGGGGACGGCGCUGGCGGUUCGGCUCGGUCUGGGGCUCCUGCUCCUGGCCCUCCUCCUACCCACGCAGAUCUACUGCAAUACCAAUGGAACAAGUCCAACACCUUCAAACAAUUCUUCAAGUUCCAUUUCUCUGUCAACUGUCACAAAUUCAGUGAACAAUACCACUGCUCAGGGACAUGGAAAUUCCCUUCACUCAGCCACAAGUCUUCUUUUCAUUCUUUCAGUUUCUCUUCUGUAUUUUUGCUGUUAAGAGACUCUGGCAUGGAAAUGGCUACCACUCCCCACCCAGUUUCCUGAAGCCAUCUGAGAUGGCAAGAUCUCCAGCCCAGCAUGAAAAUAAAUCAGUCCAAACUCUACAUCAAACCAGCUUGGUUCCACUCCAUACUCAAAUUAGUACCAGUCUGACCUAGAGAAGCACUCAGUAUUCUGACUUUCCAAAGCAGACCGACUUCAGCAAGGAGGUAAAAUGAUGAGCUCUUUCCCCAGAUGUGCUGGAAUUUGAGAAACAAGAUGGAAACAAAAAGAAACAGUAUUGACAACCCCUGAUUUAAAGCUGAGAAGAAAUGCAGUGUCAUAAUAAGGAUGGAUGAUAACACUCUAAGAAAAAAGGAUAGAGGGUUUAUCUACCAUUUAGAAUAAGGACUUAAAGAGAUUUUUUUUCCCCCAUUUAAAUUAAUUAAAGCCAGCCGGCUCAGAGAACCAGUAGAAAAAGCUCGAGUGGUUCUGUUUCUUGCAUAGCCUAUACAGUUACAACCUAUGGAUACUAGGAUGUACACAAAAGAAACAAAAUAUCACUGAAAAUGGAUUUCUUCUAGAUUUAAUUUGUAUUAAACUGUUACAAGGCUAAAAUAGAUAACCAAAUUUUUGUAAGAAUUCUCUUAUUUAACUUCUGAGUUCUAACCAAAUGGCUAGCCAGGCAGGGCUAGUUUUGAAAUGGCUAAAACCCACCAGUUCUCAUAAGAGUUGAAUUAUUUAUGGUGGGAAUUUGAAUUUGAUGUUUUAUUUAAAUUGAUUGUAUAUUAAACCAUAUGUGCCAGCAGGUGUGGAAACAUUUGGAAAGUACCAGGAGCUUUUUGUAAAUGAAGUUCAGAAAAAGAAGUCAAGGGACAGCCAUCUCCUCUUUCCCCUACUUCUCCUCCCAGGUUCUACAAGUUGUAUAAGUUCUUUUUGCUCCUGGAACUUUCCCUAAUUAUGAAGGAUUUAUGGAAUCUUUUGAGUAAUGUUUUAGUGCUGCUUGGUUUCUUUCUUUUUUUGGCACAAGGUGAAUAACUUACUGUUUGUUUUUUUUCUGAAGAGUUUUAAUUGUGAUAGUUUACUUUAAACAUGGGCUAAUAUUUGCGGUGGGGAGAAGGAAUGGGGAGAGGAGAGCAAAACGCCAAAAAUAAGAAAUUAAAUGAUCAGGUGUUGGAAUACGAAGACUGGAGUCUUAAUCAUUGAAUUUAAAAGUUACCUUUGUAAAUACUACUUUUUUAAAAUUUUCUGAGUCAAAAUUGCUACACUUGCACAGAUUGUUUCUGUAUCAUCCAACACUUUAGGUAAUAGUAUCUGGUAUUUGAUCAAAGCAAGCUUUGUUGAGGAGGUUUGACUACCUUGAUAAUACCUUGUCAGAAAAAAAGAUAAUGUUGAUAUGAUCACAUGUGACUAUUCAGGGUCAUAUCACUGUAUAGAUAUUUAUCUCAGUAUAAGAUCAUGUCAAACAUGAGUGGCUCUCUAAUUUUUUUAAUAUACAUCUGUCUUUCAGUCACAUUACCACCAAUCCAGAGUACCAUAUAUUAAUAGCAAACUAACACAAAUUCAUGCCAGUGAGUGUAUGUGGACAUUUCCUUAUGCUUAUCAUUUGUAUCCAGUAAAAUGUUAAUGAUUGUAUUUUUGUGUUUGUGUAAUUAUGCUUUGAUUUAUUAGCUACUGAUUUUCAUUGGAAAAAAACCCAACUGUAAACAGUGGACAGGCAUUCUAGAUGCACUUCCAGACUCUUCUACAGAAACUUGUAAUUUGCCUGCAUAAAGUGAAUGAACUGUUAAGCAAGACUGUAUAUGUGAUUAAAAACCUCAAGUUGUAGAAAA